AUGGCGAAUCUCGCCUCGUCGUAUCAAGUGGGAGACUACGUGCCGUUGGCAAGGAAAGGCCAGUUUAACAAUAUGCGGACGCACUGGCACGACGCCAUUGGGCGGCACUGCCCGCGAUUCGGCAUCAACCGAGAGGUGGCUUUACCCAUCCCGCGCCCUGUGGGGUUUGAAAUGGCAGAACAUUCGUAUAAGAUGUCGCUGUCAGUGGGCAAUGAGAAGUUUGUGACGCCAUGGCUGCUUGUGAUUGGUCGGAAGAGCCAGAACGUGCCGCUCAUUGAAGUGACCCUGACCCACUUCGCGGGCGACUUGAGGGGAGUGCAGGCGAAGGUGCACAACCUGCCUCACGAAUACCUGGAGCGGCAUCGGCAGCUGGCUCUGGAGUUCAGGAAUGAGUCGCACUGGCCCAAGCACGUGCUCAUGCGAUACACGUGGAACGAGUAUGCGGAGGUGGACGUCACAGCAGGUCUCCUCGUGCUCUUUGCCUCAACCUUCAUCCUCACAACGUUUCUUGCGGUCUACAUUCUGCAGUCGUCCAAAGACAAGCUCGCCAAGUUCAUGAACGAGCAGUUGGCAGAGAGCGCUGCUGCAGUGCCGGGAGGAGGGGAGGUGGCCAAAGUGGACUGA